AUGAAGAUUUUCUGGGUACUGUUUGUUGUUGCUGCUGCUCCAAUAACAACCACAUCUGCUCCAACUACAAGCACAGCUGUUCCAACCACAACUACAGCCGCUCCAACCACAACCACUUCUGCUCCAACAACAACAGCUGCUGAAACAACAACCACAUCUGCUCCAACCACAACGACAGGUGCUCCAACUACAACUACAGCUACUCCAACGACCACCACAGCCAUUACAACCACAACCACUACUGCUCCAACAACAACAGCUGUUGAAACAACAACCACAGCUGUUGUGACCACAACCACAGCUGCUGCAACCACAACCACAGCUGCAGCAACCUCAACCACAGCUGCAGCAACCUCAACUGCUCCAACUACAACCACAGCUGCUCCGCUGUUCUCCAACUACAACCACAGCCGCUGCAACCACAACCACAGCUGCAACAACCUCAACAACAGCUGCUCCAACUACAACCACUGUUGCUCCCACUACAACCACAGCUGCGACAGGUGCUCCAACUACAGCUACUCCAACGACCACCACAGCCAUUACAACCACAUCCACUACUGCUCCAACAACAACAGCUGCUGCAACCACAACCACAGCUGCAACAACCUCAACCACAGCUGCAUCAACAACAGCUGCUCCCACGACAACCACAGCUACUGCAAUGACUACUACUGCUGCUCCAACAACAACCACAGCUGGUGCAACCACAACUACAUCUGCUCCAAGCACAACGACCAGUGCUCCAACUACAACUACAGCUACUCCAACGACAACAACAGCCAUUACAACCAUAACCACUACUGCUCCAACAACAACAGCUCAACACCUGUUACUUCAACUACAUCCAGUGCUGUAACAACUGCCUCUUCAACCUCAACCCCUGCUGCUGCGACCACAACCACUCCAACGACAACCACAGUUUCAUCAACCAGUGCAACAGCUUCAACUGCUAAGUCAACCCAAAUUAAUUCUUCGCCAACCACAUCAAAUACAGUAACAGCCACUCCUGCAUCGUCUAUAACCACAGCAGCAACAGUUAGUACUGCUCCAACAGCAUCAACUUCUUCUACAACCAUAAAAAAUACAGUAACAGCCACUGCUGCCCCAACAACAAACACUGCAGCCCCGACAACAACCACAUCUACAACAACUACUGUGUCCACAACAACAGCUUCUUCAGCUGUGAGUGAGAAAGCAAGUUUCAUUUUGCUCACAGCAGUCAUUUCAGCUGCUAUUUUUUUCUGA